ACGAGCAUUGAAUUGUACAUUACUAAGUAAAUUUUGAUGACAGCACUUUAUAAAAUUUGGUUCCGCCGAUCUUUUUUUUUAUGCGAGUUUUAACGCAACAUUUCAAGUUUUCACUAGAAACAUUUAGUACCCUAAAAAAAUAUAAAAUGGCGAAUAAUGAAUGCCCUUCCCCAUUCUUUCCGUUUUCUUUUUUUCGGAUAACCUUGUUUGUUAUCAACUAUACCUACUAGUUAAGUAAAAGAUGGGUGAAUUGAAUUCAGACGUCUACAUUAGAGAUCCCCAUAUGCUAUGGCAGAAUGGAAUCAUACCUUAUGAAUUUAAUAAUAAAGUCAUUAAUAAUCUUCGACAAUAUGUUGAAAUUGCAAUGAAAGAAAUUAGCAAAGUUAGCUCGAUAAGAUUUGUGAAGAGAACGGAUCAACUUCACUUUAUAGAAAUUGUUGAUAAAGGAAAACAAGGAGGAAAACAGGAAUUAUCAGUUACCACAGGUUGGCAAAAUCCAGUUGGUUCUGCUAUACACAAAUUACUCCAUUCUUGUGGAAUGUUCCAUGAACAUUCCUGUCCUGUCAGAGACAAGUAUGUGGUUGUUCGCCGAAACGGAGAUUGCAACUAUAAAAAACUUAAGUCAUCUAACGUUAAGCGUUAUUCUAAAUAUGACUUUGAGUCGAUAAUGCAUUAUCCUUUGACUUUAUGCAUGGAUGUGAAGCCAGGAGUAAAAAAACCAAAUUCUAAAAUCGGUUUUUAUUUCUACUUCUGUCUUUCCACUCACAGGUCAACGUGUAAAAUUAAGCAAGGGUGAUAUAAAAGCAAUCAAUAAGCUUUAUCCUAGCUGGUCAUGCCUUCCCACACAAGAUAACCAGAGAGGGAGGAGAGGGAAGACAAACACUUCAGAAAAAAGUUUUUACCGUGCGAUGCAGAAAGGAGAUCAAAAGAAAAAAAAAGAAUAAUUUCGAUUAAAGUAAUUGUAAUAUUUCAUAUAUAAGUGUUAUCACAGAAUUAUUACAAUCUAUCACCAUAUACUGUUAUAGUUAUAUAUAUAG